AGCACUGCGUUAAAGCUUUACUCUCUGCAGCAGCUCUAAAGGACUGCCGCCCAUUUGGCCCAGGAGUUCCUUCCCCUUUCUUUUUCCUGCCAGCUGGGCGAAUUUCACUUUCACUUCUCAGCCAGCUCCUGAGGAGGAACUACUUCAUGCUGACUGAGCCCCUGUUUGGAAAAUGAAUCCUAACCAGGCCUGUCUUUUCCUCACCUCUUAAACCAGAAGCCAAGACAUCUCCACAGGGACCUAAAGGAAUCUUUAAGCAAGAAAAGCCUAAGGAAGAAACCAGGGGAGCAGCUACCAUGGCUUUAAAAUUCCUGGUGAACAUGAAAGAAAAGGUGACUUGUCCCAUUUGCCUUGAGGUUUUGACAGAACCUCUAAGUCUAAACUGUGGCCACAGCUUCUGCAAAACUUGCAUCACUAAUAAUAAAGAGUCGGAGAUCAGCCCAGAAGGAGAAAGCAGCUGUCCUGUGUGUGGUAUCCGAUAUUCACCUGGAAACUUAUGGCUUAAUCAGCAUCUGGCCAACAUAGUGGAGAAGCUCAAAGAGGUUAAAUUAAGCCCUGAGGAGGGGCAGAAGAGAGAUGUCUGUGUGCACCAUGGAAAGAAACUCCAAUUCUUUUGUAAGGAGGAUGGGAAGGUUAUUUGUUCGCUUUGUGAAUGUUCUCGGGAGCACCGUGGUCAUCAGAUAUUCCUAAUGGAGAAGGUCGUCAAGGAAUGUCAGGAGAAGCUCCAGAAAUCUUUGGACAGACUGAGGAAGGAGCAGCAGGAAGCUGAGAAGUUGGGUGCUGACAUCAGAGAAGAGAGGACUUCCUGGAAGAAUCAGAUACAGACUGAGAGACAAAGGAUACAGACAGAAUUUAGUCAGCUUAGAAGCAUCUUGGAUAACGAGGAGCAAAAAGAACUGCAGAAACUGGGGAAAGAGGAGAUGAAGACCCUGGAUGACUUGGCUGAGGCAGAGAAUGAACUGGUUCAGCAGAGCCAGUUGCUGAAAGAGCUCAUCUCAGAUCUGGAGCGUCGCAGUAGAUGGUCAGCAACAAAGCUGCUGCAGGACAUGAGUGGAAUCAUGAAAUGGAGUGAGGUGUGGACAUUGAAGAAACCAAAAACUAUUUCCAAAAAACUGCAGUGUGGAUUCCGUGCUCCAGAUCUGAGUAGAAUGCUUCAAGUGUUUAAAGAGCUAACACAUGUCCAGUGCUACUGGGUGGAUAUUACAUUGAAUCCAUUCAACCUCAAUCUGAAUCUUGUCCUUUCAGAGGAUCACAGACAGUUGACAUCUGUGCCAAUUUGGCCUAUAAAGUAUUGUAAUUAUGGUGUCUUAGGCUCCCAAUAUUUCUCAUCAGGGAAACACUACUGGGAAAUAGAUGUGUCCAAGAAGACUGCCUGGAUCUUGGGGAUAUAUUGUAGAAUACGUUCUAGUAGCAUAAAGUUUGGUGUUAGACGAGGCACAAAGUAUCAAAAUGCUUAUUCCAGAUACAAACCUGAAAAUGGCUACUGGGUUAUAGGCUUACAGAACGAAUCUGAGUACAGUGCCUUUGAGGACUCUCCCACCUCAGAUCCCAAGGUCUUGACUCUUUCCAUGGCUGUUCCUCCCCAUCGAGUUGGGGUUUUCCUAGACUACGAAGCAGGCACUGUCUCAUUUUUUAAUGUCACAAACCAAGGGUCACUCAUCUACAAGUUCUCUAAAUGUCACUUUUCUCAGACUGCUUAUCCAUAUGUCAAUCCUUGGAACUGUCCAGUUCCCAUGACCCUGUGUCCGCCAGGCUCCUGAGCCUCCUCGUCCUGGGGCUCAGUUCCUGCCCCUGAGCUCACUGCUGCAUCCACACCAUCUCUUCUUUGCUGUCUUUAUUCUUUAGAAUGUUUAUUCAUUCUUGAGUUAGAAAAGAAGUUAAAAA